AUGUACAGAGAAGUGGUGCUUGAAUGUCGAUUUGUCCCCAAACGGAGGAGGAGGGAAGCUGUAAGUAACGUGGUGUACAACGGACUACAGGCCGCCUAUUAUGGACAUGUCGGAGGCGAGCUGGCGAAACAACUGGGUUUGGAUGUGAAUGAAAAGGUGCUCUACGGGGUGUUUUCUCCAGCCAUAGAGAAGGGAGUGGAGUCUUGCUGCACGUCUGGAACAGAGCAGCUGUCCAGGGGCCUGUGCCACUUCCAGACGUGUGAGAACUGCCCACAUGAGAACUCUAACAGUACGUGCACAUUGAUGCCCACGAUGGUGUCCAAGCCGUUUUACCGACUGGAUGUAUUUAACAGUGAGAUGAGAGGCGUCCAGUUCACAGCAGUUCUCAUCACCAUACACGAACAGCUCACUCUGGGACACUUUGGGACAUCAGAUGGAAGAAUAUUACAGAUUAUUCUGACAUUGUCCAGUCGCACAGUUUACGCAAACUAUUCUCUGGGCGAAACUCAAGUGUCAAGAACCGCAGUGAUGACCGAGGACUCCCUUCUGUUCGUGGUCGGAAACAAGCUGUUCAAGGUGCCCUCCACUGGCCCUGGCUGCACUCACUUCAUCACGUGCGCUAAGUGUCUGACCGCUCCCCUCUUCAUGAAGUGUGGCUGGUGUUCUGGUGGUUGCUCCCGACAACAUGAGUGCAGCUCACACUGGAGCCAGGACACCUGCUCCCCCGUCAUCACUGAGUUUUACCCUAAAGUGGCCCCUGCUGGCGGGGAGACUGAACUGACGCUGUGUGGAUUUGACUUCGUGACACGGCCGUCUCUGAGCAUCACUGACCAAACUCACAUGAUCACUGUGGGGACAGAAGGCUCCUGCUCCCCUCUGCCCACACAGAGCAGCAGCACAAAACUGGUUUGUAAGAUGCACAACCACAGGCCGAAGAAUAAUGUAAAUAUUACUCUACAAGUGCAAGAGACGUCAGGGCCGGGCCGCUUCACCAUUCAAGGCCAAACUCAAAUUCUGGGCUUGUCUUUUGUGUUGCCAACUUUAUCUGAAGUCACACCGGACUUCGGGACCAUGUUUGGAGGAACGUUGGUGACACUUAAGGGCAAUUAUCUGAAUUGUGGGAACAACCAGCAAGUCCUUAUUGGAGAUAAGCCGUGUAUCAUUAAACGUGCAAAAGAUGAAAGUGAGUCGUCCUCUUUGAUCGAGUGCCAGAGUGCGUCUGCAACGGCUGUGGGCAAGGUCCCUGUCAAUGUGUUUAUUGAUAAUUUUAAAGUGAACAGCUCCAAACACUUUGACUACAGAAUAAAUCCUUCCAUCACCUCCAUAGAGCCGAACUGCAGCUUUAAAAGCGGCUCCAAACUGUGGAUCCAGGGCAACAACUUGACUUCCGCUCACAAAACUGUCAUUCAUUACAACUCACGCAACCCUUCCCUGCAGAAAUCCUUUCCCCUUAAACAAGUUUGCAGUGGCCCAGUGAAUGCCUCUCAUAUGCAGUGCAGGACUCCAGUGUUUCCGGAGGAUCUGCUUCAGGAUAAGUCGGACUCAGGACGUCUGUCUGUUCACAUGGACGGAAAGGAUUUCCUGUGGCCUGGCCGCUUCGACUAUCAUCCCGACGCCAAAGUCAUCCCCUUUGAGAACGAUGACCGUCUGUUACUGCUCAAGCCAGGGGACACAGAGGUGUCACUGCACCACCACAAGCUGAACACCUGUAUGAAGAUCGUCAUGACGAUUGGAGGAGUGGAUUGUAACGUUCAGGUUUUGUCCAACGAGCUCACCUGCAGAAUCCCUAAAGGAGUUGUCAUUCCCACAGAAGGACUGCCAGUCAACGUAAUUGUGAACGGAGAAGAGCACAACGUGGGGACAGUGCUCAUCAAUGAAGGCAACAACAGCACCGUGAUCGUUGGAGUCUUGCUGGGAAUCCUCUUUGCUUUAGUCGUGGGAGCGUUAUUUGCAUUAGGUGUCAUGAAACAUUUGAGAAAGAAAAACAGAGCUAAUAUUGAGAACCGCUUGUCCACAAUGAUUUCCCGGAGUCGAAUGGGCAGCAAUUAUCAAAUUUCUCCUACAGGUGACUACAGACGAGUGGAUCUGUCGAGUCAGACGUCCGGCUCUGGUAUGGCCUUCCAGGGCUUACUGUACGCUGCCAGCUAUGACCACCUGGCUGUGCCCCUUGUGCCUCGGGACAACAUCUCCAUGGUCAGCCUGAGCUCAGAGCUGCUGGAGGAGGUCAAAGACGUCCUCAUCCCUGCGGACAUGCUCAGGCUGGAGACCAACCAGAUCAUUGGGAAAGGACACUUUGGCACAGUCUAUCAUGGAUAUUUAAUUGACAGCAACAAACAAGAGACCCACUGUGCGGUAAAAUCACUCAACAGAAUUUCGGAUCCCAGAGAGGUGGAUCAGUUUUUACGCGAGGGAAUAAUAAUGAAAACCUUCCAUCACCCUAACAUUCUGUCUCUGCUGGGCAUCAUGCUGCCUAAAGAAGGGCUCCCCCUAGUGGUACUGCCUUAUAUGAAACACGGAGAUGUACGCCACUUCAUCCGUUCAGAGAAAAGGAAUCCCACUGUGAAAGAUCUGAUAGGAUUUGGGCUGCAGGUGGCCAAGGGCAUGGAGUAUUUGGCUCAGAAGAAAUUUGUUCACAGAGACCUGGCUGCUCGAAAUUGCAUGCUAGAUGAAACCUUCACUGUAAAGGUGGCGGACUUCGGCAUGGCCAGAGACAUAUACGACAAAGAGUACUACAGUAUACAAGAUCACAAGAGGGUGAAGUUACCAGUGAAGUGGAUGGCCAUCGAGAGCCUCCAAACACAAAAGUUUACCACCAAAUCUGACGUGUGGUCGUAUGGUAUCCUGAUGUGGGAGCUGCUGACCAGAGGAGCCAGUCCAUAUCCAGAUGUGGACCCCUACGACAUCACACAUUAUUUGCUGAAGGGACGGAGACUUCCUCAACCUCAGUUCUGCCCCGAUGGACUAUAUGCACUGAUGCUGUCGUGCUGGGACCCUGAGCCCGACUGCAGACCUUCUUUUCAUUGCUUGGUGUCGGAGGUGCAGCAGAUACUGUCCGGUCUGGAGGGGGAGCACUACAUUAAUCUCAAGGUCACAUACGUGAACCUGGACCAGCCCAGACCCUAUCCCCCCAUGCCUGACUCCGCUGACGAGCUGUCCAUGGGGUCUGACAUGGAUUCACACGGGAACAGUGAAAGUGAGGAUUGA